AUGGUGCUGGCAGCGUUUCCUGUGUCCUGCCUGUAUCUGCUGAUCUCUGGCUGCCUGCUGAGCCCAGUGGGGACGGCGGCCCGAGCACCAGAGGGCGCCCUCACCUCUGUAGUCGAUGCGUCCGUCUCCAUCGGAGUCCACAGCCUGGACCAGGGCCUCCGCCUCCUCCUCGGAGAGGGGGGCGGACGGGGGGGCAGCCGGGACUGUAGACAGGAUAUAGUUGAAGGUAUCAACGUCCUCCAUGUUGAAACCAAAGUUAGCCCUCGGUUGUGCAGGAGGGAUCUGGGGUUACGGAGCCGCUCCGUUACCUCCAUGACUUCUGGUGAACACAUGUUCUGUUUGUGUGCUGAUGGUUUCGGGAGGAGACACUGUGAAACGGUGGAAGGAUCUGACUGCUACGAGGGUUUGGGACUGUACUACAGAGGCACAGAGUCCAGGUCAGAGAGUGGACGGAGAUGUAGGGAGUGGGAUGCAGACACCCGGGAGAGGUUCAUGUCCUCGGAUGUCCUUUCAGGGAGACACAACUACUGCAGGAAUCCCAACUACAAACGGCGUCCGUGGUGUUAUGUGUGGAAGUAUCAGCAGCUGGUGUGGGAGUAUUGUGCUAUUCCCCGUUGUGGCUUGGAGUUGUUUCCAGCGCUGACCUUGCCCCCGCCUGCACCCACUGAGCUACAGCCAGCCCCCCCAGCUGCAGAGUCAACAUGUGGCCAGCGCUCCAGGAGGAAGCAGAUGAAGAUCGUGGGUGGGACAGUUGCCACUGUGGAAUCCCACCCGUGGGUUGCUGCCAUAUUUUGGCACAGCAGAUCCAAGGAGAUGGUGUUCCGCUGCGGAGGAAGUCUGAUCUCAGCCUGCUGGGUCCUCACCGCUGCCCACUGCUUCCCCGACGGCUCCCAUGUCAAACAUCUUAACUUCUCCGUCAUCCUGGGGAAAAACGUGAGGAACGAGACCGACCCUGCUGUGGAGCAAAGCUUCCAUGUGGAGGAAAUCGUCCUCCAUGACGGCUUUGACAACAGCGGUGGGGACUUCAACAACGACAUCGCUCUGCUGAAGCUGAAGGCCAAACAUGGGAAGUGUGCAGAGGAGAGCGACUCGGUGAGGAGCGUCUGUCUGCCUCCGCCUCAGCAGAACCUCCAGCCUGGAGUCAGCUGUGAGAUCGCCGGCUAUGGGAAAGAGCAACAAGGUUUGUGGUACAAGUCUCAGUUCCUCCGAGAGGCUCAGGUGAACCUGAUCUCCGACGAUGUGUGUCGACGCGAGGACUAUUACGGAAGCAUGAUCAGCGAUAACAUGUUUUGUGCGGGUCGUCCCGACUGGAGCCAGGAUGCCUGCGAGGGAGACUCCGGAGGGCCUCUGGUGUGCCAGCUCGGCAGCAGGCUCUUCCUGUUCGGGGUCAUCAGCUGGGGGGACGGCUGCGCAGUGGAGAACCGACCCGGCGUUUACACCAGAGUGACCAACUAUAACCGAUGGAUCGGAGAGAAGACCAGGCUGUGGUCCAUCACUGCCGGCUCCAUGUUUCCUCACAAGUGAAGCUGAGGACCUGAACCGGAACUGCAGCUGGUUUCUCAUUUUCUUGUUGGAU